AAGACAAAUAUGUUCAUUAUAAAACCAGUCAUUGAGAAGAACAGUCGUGAAAUUUCGAGAAUCGGAGGACGCCAAGUGCAAAUAUAAAGAAAAAAAAAAUUAAAAUCUUAAUUUCCAUUACAAGAAAGAUCGACUAAAAUAUAAAAAUGGCUCGUACCAAGCAGACAGCUCGUAAAUCGACUGGAGGUAAAGCUCCACGGAAGCAAUUGGCCACAAAGGCCGCUCGCAAAUCGGCCCCAUCUACUGGAGGUGUUAAGAAGCCCCAUCGUUAUCGCCCCGGUACCGUGGCCUUGCGUGAAAUUCGGCGCUAUCAAAAGUCGACCGAAUUAUUGAUUCGCAAGUUGCCUUUCCAACGUUUAGUGCGUGAAAUCGCACAAGAUUUCAAAACGGACUUGCGUUUCCAAUCGGCCGCAAUUGGAGCUUUACAGGAAGCCUCCGAAGCUUAUUUGGUUGGCUUAUUCGAGGACACCAAUUUGUGCGCCAUUCAUGCCAAGCGCGUGACCAUUAUGCCCAAGGACAUUCAAUUGGCUCGCCGUAUUCGUGGCGAACGUGCUUAAGCCUUCAUUCGCAGCAUCGUCACAAAAUUUAAUUUCUUACUUUUACAAUAUAUUAAUAUUAACUUUGAAUACAAAAGGAUUUCUUCUUUUUCGUUUUUUUUUUCCCCCUCUCAUCCAAAUUUUAUUAUAUUGUAAUGAAUACAUAGCAUUAACAUAUGUUAAAAAGCAAAAAUAAUGAAUGAAUCAUAUAAUAUAUAAUGCAAACCAUAUAUAAA